CGUUCUUCGAGCAUAAAGUUACAAAAUUUUCAUACAUUUCACUUUUUCGACUAAAAUCAUCUUUAUCAGCAUAUUGGAAUUAAAACAAGUGGGCACAACAAUGGCAGAUGAGAGUAAUGAUGGUGGCAAACUAACUGAAGCUCAGAAGGCAAGGAUUGAGAGGAACAAGCAGAAAGCGCUGUCUCUGAGGCAAUCUAGAGUUACAACACAACCUUACAAUGUGCCAAAAAGCACUGGAGCAUCAAGAGGUACUAAACAGAGUUUCAAAGCAUCAAACAUCACUGUGGACACACAUGGUGGGUUCAUGUUAGAUGAGGAGUUAGAGCAAGAAAUCUUCAAGGUGGUGAAGCCUUCAGCUCCAGCAGGGCUUGGUGAUGUCAUGCUUUGUGAUGAGUGUCAUAAGCAGUAUAUUGAGUCCUACAUGUACACACAUUUCAGUGUCAAUGUGUGUGAUGGUUGUAGGGAUCGAGAUGAUAAACAUAAGUUGAUAACCAAAACCGAUGGGAGAAACACAUACCUCCUGAAAGAUGAAGACUUUGACAAAAGGGAACCACCACUCAAGUUCAUCAUACGUAAAAACCCACACAAUCCUAGAUGGGGGGAGAUGAAACUAUAUUUGGAAUCUGAGGUGAGGAAGCGGGCACUUGAGGUGUGGGGUUCUGAAGAAAAAAUAGAAGAAGCUAGAGAAACUAGAAUGGAAAACCAACAGAAACUUAAGCAGAAAAAGUUUGAUAAAAAAGUUAAAGAUUUACGUAAUGCAGUGAGGUCCAGCCUGUGGACCAAGGACAUUAGUACACAUGAACACUCAUAUGGUGAAGAGACGUAUGAUGAGGAAGAGGACAUGUAUAGUAAAUCUUGCACAUCUUGUAGCCAUACUCUGACAUAUGAGAAGAUGUGAUGAACAUUGGGCAGUGUACUUACACAGGUUAAGAGUCAUGUGAUAUUACAAAGACGAGCCUCAAGUUUAAGUCACAGAUAGGUGUCUCUAGUAACACACCCGUAGCUGUGGAGCUAGUAGAUACAGAGAUGACAAACGGUUGACUGCACAGAAAUCCAUACCCAUUUUUUUAGCUUCAAUUCAACAUAUGGAAAGAUGUGAUGCACAAAAGGUAUCACUGGGUAUUUGUGAAUUAACAAUGUGAAGCAUAGAUACAGGUGUAUGGACUGUGAACACAUUGUAGCCAAAAUUGUGAGCACACCCUGUACUGGGUAAUAAGUUAGUAGACACAGUAGUGUCAUGGAGUCAUACAGAAAACCAUACUCACCUUGUAGCCGCACUCUUACAUACUAGAACACAAGACGGCACAGGCAAUGUAAUUUAAUACACCCCUGGGUAACAUGUUAGGCUAGUAUAUGUACAGACUGAGGCAUUCUCUAUAUAGUGUACUCCCACCAUGUUUGAAUAGAUAGUAAAAUCUAAAUGACAAAUCUGUUUGGUUGAAAGACUUAAAAACCCACUCAGGGUGUUUGAUUGGUCCACAACUUACACAAAAGGAUGUGGUAUGUGCUUGUAUGUCGGUCUAUCAGUGCAUAGGGCUCCUUUUAAGAGGGGUUUCUGCUGAUUCUGUUCUGGUGAUAGAUGUAAUGGUAGUUGUCUAGUGUCUACUAUACAUUGCUGUAUACACACUUCGAUAUUCGGAAACUAGUUUUACUUGAUAUGAUCUCACUCAUGGUGCAGAAAAUACUCAAGUAUGUACAGGGUGUCCCGGAAGUAUGGGGACCCCCCUAGGUGGACAUAUACCAGUGUUUUCAUAGUAUGUGUCAUAUAUCAUUUUAAAGCUUAUCCAAACUUACAUUGAUUUGCCAAGUAUCAUGGUAUCAUAGGAGGCCCCCCAUACUUUCGGGACACCCUGUACAUUCAUAUCUAUAGAUUCUAAUCACUCAGGAAUUUCUCUUUCACUUUGUAUACUAUUACUAACUAAACUGCCAAAGUGUUCC